AUGUCAACUGCAAGCAGCUCGGCACGUGGCUCAGUCCGCGGCAAGUCUGCUCCGCGUGACGAGCUCGACCGACUCGGAUAUAUAUACACACUGCGUGUCGCCGCUCUUCAGCACCGUCUCAAAACCCCGUCGGCCGCCUCGCCCAAGAUCACUCUUGGCCCGGCAGCUAUCAUAGGCACAUUUCCCUCCAGCCCCAGUGUUAGUAUGGGUGAAAUGACGCCCAAAUCGCCUGGCUUUGGCUCGUUCCGCUCCCCCGAACCCGUCGACCUUCCUCUCCCUAUGCGGCGAAAGAGAAGCGUCCUCUCACUUCGAUUGGGGCGGAAGGACGAGCUCAAGCUCCCCCGCGAGUUUCUGGCCGAGUUCUGGGGCGUGCUCUCCGCCGAGAGCGGUGACAUGGGAUGGACACAAGCCGUGCGCACCUUUCUCGGUAUGCUCAAGAAGGGCACAAAGACCGCCGGUGGCGCCAACAUGCGCGAGAUCCCCACAUUAUGUGCCACGUUCACUUCUUGCCUUCCUCCACCCGGGCUGGGCUCGGCACCUCCGGCUCAGCAUCAGAGCCACUUCCUAACGCUGCUCUACAAUACUCUGCCCACAAGCACAUUCUUCGCCGCCCCAGACGAGGAUGGUCGUGAUCUGCUGUUCCGCCUCCGUGCAGAAAUCCAGUCUCUCCUCCACGGCCCGGGGUCACCCACCGCGACUUUGAGUCCGACAAGCGCACAAUUCUCCCCACAGCUCGCUGCGCAAGGUAUCGCCGCCAAGGCCGGCCUCGGCAUCUACCCAGCUAGCCCAGCCAGUCCUACCUCUACACUGAACCCGAUGACUCCCACAAGCCCGAUACCGCCAACGUCACCCCGGCGCGCCACCAGGCCAGCAAGUGAUGCCGGCAGUGUACGCCGGAAGCCAAUCCCGAUGUGGACAGGGAGCGGCGAAGGAUUGGACAACAUGGUCGAGGCCGUCGGCGUGAUCUGGGAUGUUCCUCAAGACGCUUUGGAACAAGAUGCUGACGAACUGGAUCGCUUCGUGCUAGAAAAGCUGUAUCUCGACCAUCUGAAGCGCGAACUCAGUUUAAUCUCGCGGCAAUCGGCGGACAUGCGGCGAUCUCGUCACGUUGAGCUAUCCAAAGAGCUUGGCGACCUCAUGGCAGGCUUCCCUGAGCUCGCCAUCCCGACGUCUCCUGCCGCGUUCGGACAGCAACAGGAAAGCUUCUUCAAACCGCCACGCUCUGCCGCUGUAUUCGCGCGCUUAGUCCGUCGCGCCGAAGCGUCUAGUAGUCGGAGAGCGCUUGAGCUCGUGGACCGCUGCCGCAAGGUCUGGGGAGUUGAGAAGCGUGAAGCGAAGGAGCGCGAUGUCGAAACCGCGUUGCGGCAAUGGGACGCGGCGAUCGGAUCUUCCGACGAGAUGCCCCUUGCAAGGCGGCUCGCAGACGUUACAAGCAUACUUGCCGCGGUCUUGGACCCCGAUGAGGAUGUCCCAAGGCCACUGGAGGAGGUGCAGAACUGCCUCAUGGAGCAUCUUACCAAUGCAGUGCACGAAGUCUUCCCCCUCUCCGCAGACACCCAGCCUGCACUGCCACCUUCCCUCGUCAUGGUCUUCCAAUCGGCCCCAAGUGUCCUCUUGCAUCAUCCACGGGCCUUGGAAAUGCUUGACAGACUAGCAGACGAGCUCCGCGGUCACGCAGUCGCAGAAUAUGUCACGGCGUCCAUGGAGCUAAUGGGGGACGCACACGCGCAGGUCAUCGGCUCAACCACGGGAGAAAGCGGCAAGGACGCAGUGGUGGAGGGCUUUGAACGUGUUGCCGCCUGGAUUGAGUCCGAAAUCAAGAGCGUUGAGAAGGCCUGGCCGCGCAAUGGGCCAAUCGACCCCGCGGCCAUCAUUGCGAGCAAGCAGCUCCCACUAUUCCUUGCCGAGUUGCAGGUGUUCGAGACCGCGGUGGGCGCGGCGGACGUUUUUGGCGUCUUCGAAGCCACCCACCAUCUGUUGCAAGCCUGGGAGCGUCUAUGUCCCGGCGUGAGCGACUUUGACGUGGACACAUUCUUCGAGCCACAUGUCCGCGCUUGGCUUCGCGAGACUGAAGCGACGGAAACGCACCAGUGGGUUGCACGCACGAUAAGCAUGGACCAGUGGCAGCCAGAGGGCGAGGGACGGCACUCCCAAAGCGUCGUCGAUCUCUUCGAGUUCCUUCGUGAAGCGACAAUGGUCGUGCGCAACCUUCCCGUCAAGGAGCACAAGCGUGCGAUAUACAUGGUCGACCUCGCACGGAUGGCCUCUGCAGCACUUGAGCUGUACGCAAGUACUAUAUCGGACCAGUUCCGCGCAGAGAUCGCGCCGCCCAAGACGACAUCAGACGCCGCAGUGCUCAACAACAAGUGGAUGACGAAGGGCAAGUUUGCGUACGGCAAGCUCGAUGCCAAGAUCGAUGCCCUGGAUCGCCGCCGCCGCGGCCGCACUGGAUUUGUGGUCCAACCUGCUGCGCUCGUCAAGCUCACCAACCUGGGCGCAGCGGGCAGCUUUAUCGAUGACCUCGUGCAUGCGCUUGAGGCGGAGCAGACCGCAAGCGUGUUGGGCCCUAGCGUAACUGCUGCAUCAGCGAGGCAGGUCUUCUCCGUGCAAGUCGUGCGCGGGCAGGGCCUGCUGACGCGGUCGCUCAAACCGGCUGACGCCUUUGUGGCUGUCCUCGACGGCCCAGUGCGCCUGUUCAAGUCUCGCACUGUGCUGAGUGCAGAGGACCCCGCCUGGGCGCAGGCGUUCGAGGUGUCCAUCGCAGCUGCCAAGCCGCUAGAGGUUAUUGUUUAUGACCGGCAAUUGGUCGGCAAGCAUGAGCGUCUGGGUGGGGCGACCUUCACGCUCGACCCCGCCCACUUUACGUCCGAGGCGGAACGAGAGGUCGUCAUUCUGCUGAGCUCGCGCGCGAGCGUUACGCUGCGGAUCUCCAGCGUCGGUCGUGAGCGGAAUGAUGUGGCGUACCAUCUCAACUCGUCGCGGCGCGUGUUGAAGCGUACCGCAGGCGACAUGCAACUCGCGCUCGUUGAACGACUGGCAGAGUAUCUCCGGGAAGUGCUGAGCCCUUCCACGCUCUCAAACGUCACCAAGCUUGUCAGGGCUCGGAAACGCGUGGCCCUCUCCGACGCCGAUAUCGAGACCUCCCUGGCACCUGUGCUGGAGUACCUCGACGAGAACCUGGCCGCACUAAGCGCAACAUGUACGCCGACCAUGCGGGAGACACUGGCACUUGCGCUGUGGGAGCGGUUGGUCGACCAUUUGCUCUCCCUCCUGGUCCCGCCACUCUCCGACCGCCCUGCCCCACCGGGCCUAAGCCCGCCAGAAGUGGACGCUGUGUUCAAGUGGCUGCAGGCACUCAAGACGUUCUUCGCCGUCGGCAUCCCCAUCUCAGCGCUGCAGUCCGGUUCAUACCGGGACAUGCUUCUGCUCGGUCAGGUGCUUGACCUUCCCACCCCGGCGCUGCGCGAGCGUGCGGCCGCGGCAGUCCGUGCCACAUCAGGCGGCGCACCACUCCGCCACAACCCCCCCAAGAGCAGCCGCGCUCGGAUCCAGGCAGACAACGCGCGCGUCGCGGAGCUCCUCCUCCGUGUCGUCCGCCUACGGACGCUGGACGACGAUUUCCUCCCCACCCAGCUAGCCGCGCUCACUGGCGCGCGCGCCUCAUGA